CCAAAAGGAUAUUCAUUCAUAACUUUCCAAUAAUCUCUUCUAAUCAUUUACAAACAUUCCAACUAACAUUAAAUCCUGUUGAAUUAGAAUUCAAUUCUCCAAACUUACUGUAUCACUAUAAAAGCAAAUUAAAAUAGGAGGCUAAGGGGGGGAAACGAAAAAAAACGAUCCAUGAAUCAAAGUUGAAGCAAGCUCUCAAACCAAUCCCAAUUUGUAACAAAUUCCAAGUCUAAAACCAAAACAAUACCACCAACAUCUCCAAUUUUCACCACAUCAAACUUAACACAAAUUUCAAUCAUGUUUCCUUCAUAAUUUCACACAACAACAGUAGCUAAAAAAUCAUGUAAAACAAACCCAAGAACUUUGCCAUUAACAGCAGCCAAACAAUAACAAAACCCGCGGGAACAGCCCCUAGAACCGACGGCGACGAAUCAUCGAUCUGCACGCCACGGCCGCCGCAGAUGCCACGAACCACCUCUCAGUCGUCGGCGACAAAACGAGGCCAUUAUCGAUGAACCUCCGACGACCGAUCUCCGCCACCAAGCGCACAUCACCGCCAGAUUUGCUUUACUAUUACCGCCACGGCCAAUCUCCAAUCUGAGAGAGAUGGUGAUAGGUGAUGUGGGGCGGCUAACCUCAUUCCACGGGUGAUUCAAAGCGAUCAGUGAAGAAUAAAGCAAGAGUUGAAGGUUCUAUAUGUGCACAUUACCUGCAUCGAGAAACAUCACAUUUUUGCAGUCAUUAUUUCAAUCACUUGAUGUUAACUCCUAGAACCAUACGGAAUCCGGUAAAUGUCAACCAGAGGAGUCAAUUCACCUUAUCAGUAUUCGGUCUUCCAGGUCGACCUUCUGGAAAGAAGAGUGUGCAUUGGUUGACCCAGAAAGAAAUGCAAUCCGCACAUGUCCAUGUCUUGAUCAACUGCGUCGAAGUUAAACAAUACCUUGAGGAAUUUAACAAUGCCUAUUUUCAUAGUACCGGUGUACAAUCAACAUCCGGCGUCAUUCAUGCUGAAUUUCCCUUAUGGUUCAAGCAAAGAUUGUCUACCGUGUUUCCACCAACUCCAGAAAUACUCCAUUUGAGAAACUUGGCAGAAGGCCCUAUCCAAAGCGCAAAUGAAUGGCACACAUACUUCGUGAACGGAUAUAAGUUUCACACUGAGGCAUGGACCGAAGGGAAAAAAACCAUAAACAGUGGUGUAUUUGUAAAAGGAGUUACAGAUGGUGGUGAAGAUGACUUUUAUGGAGUUAUUAAACAUAUCUACGAGUUGGUAUACCAUUACAUGGAUUCAGAAAAUAAAGUUGUCUUGUUUUAUUGUGAAUGGUAUGAUCCAAGUAGAGGCACAAAAAUAGACAGGUCAUACGGUACUGUUGAGAUUCAAAUGAACCGGAAAUACAAAGAGUAUGAUCCUUUCAUAAUGUCAAAUAUUGUUAGGCAAGUUUAUUAUGUACCUUAUCCUUCAUUUGUGACACGUAAAAGAGGAUGGUGUGUUGCAAUAAAAACAAAACCGCAAGGUCAUAUUGAAAAUGGCGAUCAAGUAGAAGAUGUUGCCUAUCAAGUUGAUGAUGUUGAUCAAAUUAAUGAAGUGGUUGCAGCUGAAGACAUUACAAGUUUGUCUGAUACAAUUGUUGAGGGACAUCAAGUUGAUGCAUCUAUAUUGUUGGUUGAAAAUAAUGUGGAUGAAGAGAAUGAUGAAGAGUUUGAAUCCGAUGACAACAAUGAAGAGAAUGACGAAGAGAACGACGAAGAGAACGACGAAGAUAAUGAUGAAGAGAAUGAUGAAGAGAAUGAUGAAGAGAAUGACGUGGAUAGCGAAGAUGAAGAAUAACUAAACAUUGAAUGU